AUGGUGAUAAUCUUACAGGGACAUACAGAGGGAUAUGAUAAUAAUGCACAAAUGGUUAUUAUACUUACUAAAGGAAAAAUCUGUAUACAAAUUAUCAAUUGUAUCCCUUCAUUAUCGCUCAAGGAUUUUGCAACUACGGAAAAAAUAAUGCCAGACUAUUCACCCUCGGAGAUCAUUGAUAUUAUUCUCAUUCUUGGAGAAUGUCAUUUAAAUUAUCACGAAGCUUCGCGAGUUUACCGAGAUCGGUAUCCUGAAAGGGAAAGACACCCCAAUCCUGCUUUAAUCCGAAACCUCGAACGAAGAGCUCGUGAAGGUGAUCUCAAACGUAAAAGGAAAGAUCAUGUGUAUGAUGAAAAUGACAAUCGUGUGGUCACGCUCCUGGCAGCAAUUCAUCUCAAUCCUCAUGUUAGUCAACGGAUUUUGGCAAGGGAACUAGAUAUUCCAAGAUCAACAAUUAGGAGGAUUAUGAAGAAACUUAAAUACCAUCCCUACCACAUAACGUUGACACAAGCUCUGAGUCAAAGGGAUAUGCAAUUGCGUAUCCAAUUUUGUCAAUGGGCACAACAAAUGAUCAGAGCUGAACAAAAUUUUUUCAAUUUUGUCAUGUUCUCUGAUGAGUCGACAUUUAAAAAUAAUGGUGAGCUAAAUAGGCAUAAUUGUCACUAUUGGUCAGAUGUUAAUCCCCAUUGGCAUAGACCAAUAGAUAAUCAGAAUCGUUGGAGUAUCAAUGUUUGGUGCGGAAUUGUGAAUGGGUAUUUGAUUGGUCCCUAUUUCUUUGACGGAAAUGUCAACGGGGAAAACUUUCUGGCAUUUCUUAGAGAUGAUUUACCACAAUUACUUGAAAACGUUGACCUGCAAACACGCCAGAGGUUAUGGAUACAACUCGAUGGCGCGCCACCUCACUAUACAAGAUAUGUGAGAGAUUACCUGAAUGAAACGUAUAAUGACAGAUGGAUUGGACGAGGUGGCCCCGUCGCGUGGCCUGCACGAUCUCCUGAUCUGACGUCGCCCGACUUUUUCUUAUGGGGAUACCUGAAAAAUGUCGUGUACGAGCAAACGCCUACAACAAGAGAAAAUAUGAUAGAAAGGAUACGAGAAGCUUGCAGAAGAAUAACGCGCGAUAUGUUACUCAAGACAGUAAGACAUUUCCAAGAUAGGUUGGCAUUAUGUAUCCAAGCCAAUGGAGACAACUUCGAACAAUUGAUUCGAUAAAUCUUUAUUGACUGGAUCAUUCUCGAUUUUGCCUUCGGUGGCGGGAUUCUUCUUGAUCUUACUUUAGUUGACAGAACCAUCAACGAUCUUGCCUUGACUGGCUGGAUCCGUGUUCGUAUCUUGCCUUGACUGGCUGGAUCCGCGUUCGUAUCUUGCCUUGACUGGCUGGAUCAGUGUUCGUAUCUUGCCUUGACUGG